CACAUCCUCAGGGACGUAACAUUCAUAAGCUUAGGCACACGGAUAGCAUAUACCACUGCUCAAGUUCUAGCCUUCUCCAUUCAACACCACCGUAAGUAGGAGCUCAGCUAGCAAGUUGCCCAUCCGUCAAGAGGCAGUCCAAUUCCAACCGCAUCAACCUUUACGUCCGUCGAGGUGUAAAAUUCAUAAGCUUAAGCAGAAGGAUUAAAGAUACCACUGCUCAGACUCCAGUCUUGCCUGCCCAACACUAUCGUCAGGAGUACCCCAGCCAGCAAGUUACCGCCCCGUCAAAAGCCACUCCAAUCCACACCUUACCAUCCCCACCAUGCCCUCUCCCACCCCCAAGAAAUACUCCUUCAUCAUAAUCGGCGGCGGCACAGCCGGCCUCCCCCUCUCCGCCCUCCUCUCCGCCAACCCCCACCUUUCCAUCCUCGUCCUCGAAGCCGGCGCCCACCACCCCACCCCCACCUCCCCCCUCGUCGCCAUCCCGGGCCUCUACGGCCACUGCUUCGGCCAGCCCACGCAUGACUGGAGCUUCACCACCGUGCCGCAACGCGCCCUCCACCACACCGUGCACCGCUGGCCGCGCGGCAAGAUGCUCGGCGGCAGCAGCGGCAUCAACCUCAUGAUGCACUCGCAGUGCUCCGCGCGCGACCUGGACAACUGGGUCGCGCUCGGCAACCCGGGCUGGGCCUACGCCGACCUGCUGCCCUACUUCCAGCGCGCCGAGACGUACACCGCGCCCUCGGAGGGCUUGGCGCAGAAGCUGGGGUACGUGCCGGUGGAUGCGGGGCUCCGGGGCGGCGAGGGCCCCGUGCGGGGGAUGUGGCCGGUGCUGGGCGAGGCGAUGGGGUAUCCGAGUCCGAGGGAUUGUAGGGAGGGAACGAGUUUGGGGUUGUUUAAUCAGCCGCUGGGGGUGGGGGCGGAUGGGAGGAGGAGUUAUGCGGUGGGGUAUUGGGAGCCGGUGCGGGAGAGGGGAAAUUUGGAGGUUAGGACGGGGGCGUUGGUGGAGAAGAUUUUGUUUGGGAAGAGGAAGGAUGGGGAGGCGGUGACAGCGACGGGGGUGCAAUAUGUAUGUGAUGGGGAGAGGAUUACGGUCCAGGUUGAGGAGGGAGGGGAGGUGAUUGUGUCUGCUGGUGCUGUGCAGAGUCCGCAGAUUCUGGAGCUGUCAGGACUUGGGAAUAAGGAGAUGUUGGAGAAGUAUGGGAUUGAGCUGGUUGUGGAAUUAUCGGGUGUGGGGGAGAAUUUGAGGGAUCACGUUGUUGCGCCUUUUAGUUGGGAAGUCAAAGACGGAGUACCCACUAGCGAGGCAGCGGCAAAGCCAGAGGUGUUCGCGCAGCUAAUGGAGCUCUAUAAGAAGACGAAUGGAGGGCCAUUGGCGAAUACUGUGACCACAACUGGUUUCCUCCCAUAUCAUAGCCUAGCAACAACGUUGUCGACCACCGACAUCGAGGAGCACAUCAACGAGAUUUGCCCCGCGUCGAUGAGCCCUCUAGAUGACCUUGCGAAGCUUCAGCUUAUAGACGAGAACGAGGCAGCCGUACAAGUCCUCUUCGUAUCAAAAGGAGUAGACACCGCCAAAAUGAAUACCCCACGCACUGGAUGGGGCCACAAUUUCCCCGGAGCAUAUGGCACAAUCCUCGCUGCCACAACUCGGACGUUCUCUCGUGGAAGCAUCCACAUCAUGUCUGCAGAUCCAACAGAGCAUCCAGAGAUCGACCCAGCAUAUCUCUCACAUCCCUUAGACGUAGAUAUUCUCGCUCAAGCAAUCCUCCAUUUCCAGGAGAUGGCUAGAACGGACCCUCUGAGCGGGUUUCUCAAGAAAGAUGCCGAUGGUGCGAAUAUUCCGAUACCAGGAAUGACAGCACCAAAAAAUCUCGAGGAGGCCAAACAGCACGUGCACAAGCACGCAUUCACAGAGUACCACCCGAUUGGCACAUGCUCAAUGCUGCCAAAAGAGAGUGGAGGUGUUGUUGAUUCGGAUCUGAAGGUGUAUGGGACUACGAAUGUGCGGGUAUGCGAUGCUAGCAUCUUUCCAAUGCAUGUCCAGGGGAACAUACAGAGCCUGGUCUAUGCUGUUGCGGAGAAAACGGCUGAUUUCCUCCAAAGAAAGAAGUGAUACUAUGCACCUGAGUCUAGGCGUAUCAGGAGGUGCUUUAGCCUGGUUUUGGCGCAAAGUUAAAUACUCUGCCAGUAGCUCCAUCCUCCUAAGUUCUCGUGAUUCUGACUACUGUUCUUGUUGAUGUCGAUUCUGGCACAUCCUCCAGAUUGAUUCUUCGAAUUCGUGGUGUAGAUUGCGCAUCCUUCUCACCAUCUGCCACUGUUAGGCCUAGAUUCGUCAGCAGCCCCCUCUUGUCGGCUUCACGUCCCGUGGCCU